AUGGAAAACAGCACUGUUUCAUUCUACUUUAACCUCACCAUGUUUGUGAACAUUGGUCACUACUGCUAUACAGCCUUUCUUUUUUGCCUACUGCUCUACAGCUUCAUCCUGUCUGCAAAUCUUGUCAUAAUACUGGUGAUAUUUAGAGAGAGAACACUGCACAAGCCCAUGUAUAUCUUCAUUGCAUGUUUAUCUGUCAACUCUCUGUGUGGUUCUACUGGUUUCUUCCCCAGAUUCCUCAUGGACCUCCUCUCUGAUGAUCACACCAUCUCACAUGUUGCUUGUUUCAUUCAGAUCUAUAUUAUUUACUCUUAUGGUUCCUAUGAACUAACCAUUCUUGGCAGUAUGGCAUAUGAUAGAUACGUUGCUGUAUGUCAUCCUCUACACUAUCACAGAAAGAUUACCUCCAAAGCAGUUUUAAAGUUGGCUGCACUGGCUUGGAUUUUUCCAACCAUCAGCCUCUCAUCAUGCCUUUAUUUGUCUGCCUGGCUUCCUUUAUGUGGUAACGAGAUACAAAAAUUGUUUUGCGCCAACUGGAAUAUUGUAAAAUUAGCAUGUGUUAACACUGUUGUCAACAAUGUUGUCGGUAUGCUUGCGACCAUCACUACAAUUUUCCUUCCCCUUUUUUUUGUCCUGUAUACCUAUGUGAGAAUUGUGGCUGUUUGUUGGAAAAGCUCAGCAGAAUUCAGAGGGAAAGUAUUACAGAGCUGUAUGCCACAUGUGGUAUCAUUUGUGAUUUAUUCUAUCACAGCUUUUUGUGAUAUUGCUUUGAGUCGGAUUGAUCUUGAAGAGAUUAAUCCAUUUGUGGCUGUUAUUAUGUCAGUGGAGUUUGUUGUCAUUCCUCCGCUUCUAAAUCCUCUUGUAUAUGGCCUUAAAUUACCAGAAAUUAGGAAACACAUUUUAAUGAUGUUCUCUUGA